CUUUGACAUGGCAGAGAAACGCUCCAACCUGCCCAAGAAGGUGGAAGAAUGCGCUGGUGGUGCCCCACCACAGCAAGGUAAUGAGAUGGAGCAGCUCCAGCUGCUGCAGAAGGAUGCAGGGAGGGACCUGACAAAAGAGGAGAACUCUGCCCGUAGCAGCUGGUGCUUUAUAGGCCAGAUGUUUACGAACAAAGGCGCUUGGUGUCGAGACAUGAUCACCAUGUUGACCAAGCGUGAGGCAAAGCCUGACCCUGCACCCACUCAGAGCAUAGCUCCUGCUCCCAGCAUGGAUUCUUUUGGAGACAGGAUUGUCUCCAGUCCAAAUCAAGUGCCAGGUUUUGUUUGGAACAUGCAUCAGAGGCUCAUGUCCAGUGAGGCUCCAGACGACAGGCUGUUCAUGGACAUCCUGAGGCUGACUGAUGCCCACCCCACUGAUGUGGCAGUGACCCUCCUGCGCUGUGCCCCAUCAUGUGAUAGAGGUGCUGCAAGCAUGUGGAAAACCAUAGCAUCAUCAGGAACAACACUGGACAAGGUGCUGCCAUCACUGCUCUCUGUGCUGGAGGGCUGGCCACAGCAGAGAAUGUACACCUCAGAUGGAGACAAUACGGAUGUAUUUUCCCUGGCUGCAACCAGGGUGGUUUGGGAGAUUCUCCGCCUGCCCUGGUGCCCAGAGCCGUUUAUGGAAUAUUCCCCCCAUCUCGUCGUGGCUCUGCUCUUCCAAGUUUUUAUCAGUACAGAGCAGGUGCCAGAGGAGGUCGAUAAUUUCUGGAGGACAUGUCAGGAGCAACACGGCCUUUCCACGAGCAUCAACAGGUUUGCAAUGCAGACUUUAAGGGCGCUGUUCCACCAUCUGCGCUGUGUGCAUUUACUGGUUGCAAUGGAACGCAAGUGUGGUUGGGACACCCUUCUCUGUGUUGACACCCACCACUAUGCUGUGGGUCUGCUGGCCAGAGAGAUGCGCCGUGUCUCCAUCCCCUUGUGUUCGUGCAUUGCACUCCGCCUGCUCAGGCUGCUCAACCAGGAGGAACCACGCUGGGAACUUGCUGCUAUGGCGUUCCUUGUGGAGGUCCUGGAGUGCCUGGACUUGAAUGAAUGGGGUGAAAACCUCCUGGAGAUCAUGACAAAGCACCUGAAGAGCGAGUCCAAGGAGGAGUGUCACCUGGCACUCAGAGGCCUCGUGGUGCUCAGCCAAGAUCCCUUGGUGGCCAAAAAAAUGUGCAGCCUGUCUGCAAGCUUGGUGCAGCUAUUGAAGAAUGCAGAUGGAGAGGACAUCAGGUUGACCCUCACUGUGUUCAAGAACAUGCUCCUGAAAAAAGAUAUUCUAGUAUCCAGCCCCACGGCCCUGAAACUGGCUGAGGCUCUCCGGCCCCUCUUUGACAGUGCCUGUGCACAGGGGAGUCUGGAGAAUCCAGUGCUGAGUUUUUUCCUUUCCAACAGGACAACAGCCACAUACAGCUGCUCUCCAUUCAACUCUACCAAGAAGUGA